GAGAUGCAUCUGCAGCCACUACUUCUCCAUUCUGGCCGAAGCGCAGGAGCAGGAGAGCAGAAGGCAAAGGCUUUAUGUGCGAGGCAGCAGGCAUGCCCAGAAACAGCCCACGAGCCGGCGAUGGGCUCUCCAGAAGAGACCGCGUGCGGACUACUUUGAGAAAGGCGGGAAUAUAGGAGAGCGCUGCUUGUCUUGGAUAGCUUUAAAAUGGGCGUUAGAUAAAUCUGUACGUUAGAUAAAGAGUGUACAUUUGGGUAAGUGCAGGUGAGGAGUUACGUUUGGGUGGCUUUUGCACUGAAUUAGUAGGUUUACCGUCGUAGUGUUAUCUUCUCAUUAGAGUAGGCUAGCCUAAAUUCAACGAUGGAGAAGGGGACGCAGCCCCAGCUGAUGGCCAAGAGCGCAGAGAGUCCAGCGGAGGAACUCUCCAAGAUAAGCGACGAGGAGCUGGUGAAGUGGAGGAAAGAGGAGCUGGUGCGGCGGUUACGGAGGGCAGAAGCCGAGAAGAUGGGCGUCAUGCUUGACCACGGAAAUUUGAUCCGGGAGGUGAACCGGCGACUCCAGCAGCACCUGACAGAGAUCCGGGGUUUGAAGGACGUGAACCAGAAGUUGCAGGAGGAUAACCAAGAGCUGCGGGACCUGUGCUGUUUCCUUGAUGACGACCGUCAGAAGGGCAAGCGUGUGUCUCGGGAGUGGCAGCGCCUGGGACGCUACAGCGCUGGCCUCAUGAGGAAAGAGGUGUCCCUUUACCUGCACAAACUGAAGGAGCUCGAGCAGCGCCAGGGAGAGGUGAUCAGAGAGAACCUGGAGCUCAAGGAGCUGUGUAUCCUACUGGACGAGGAGAGGGGAGAAGGGGGAGGAGCAGUGCGGGGUGCAGGGUGCAGAAGUUCCAUCGACAGCCAGAGUAGUCUGUCUCAAACUGGGGGGGCUACAACGUGCCUGCUCCGAGACGUGGGGGAUGGGAGCAGCAACUCCAGCGCGGGGAGCACGGACAACCCCGACCACCCCCAUCAAAAGCCCCCUACCCAGGGUUCCGGGCUGGGCUCCAACCCUGGCUCUAACCAUGACAAACCAGAGGGCCCAGGCCCAGAGUCUACAGGCCGUCGCCACAGCUCCACCCCAGACUACCACACCUUCCCCCAGGCCUGCAGGCCCCGCGGGGGGUCCCUCACCAGCCCUGACCCCUGGGGCCUCCGGGGACCCUGCAGCCCAGAGAAACACGGCAAAUCCUCUACUAGACUGGAGGCCAAGGCUCAGUCCAAACCCAGCAGUGCUGACAUGCUGGCCCAGAAACAGCUCUUGGGGGCUGGGCAAGGGCUAGGGCCAAACCAGGGUCCGGGUCAGUCAAGUCCAGACCUCUCACAGAGACACAGGGGUAAUCCGGUCGUGGUUGGGGCUGGAUGUGGGAGCCCUGAAGCCAAACAGGCACUGCCGGGGACACCAGAGCACCUGAGGAAGGGUCGGGUGAUAGUGGGGAGCCCUGAAGUGUUACGACACCAGAACCUCCACCACAGCCCCAGUUCAGAGCACGGGAAGGGGAGGUACAGCAGCAGCCCCCCAGCAGGCAAGGAGGGGGUACAGAGGAGGACCACUGGAGACGAGUUGUCCCCUCACCACCGCAGCAUCUACAACGACAUGAACGCUCUCAUAUCUGCUGGCUGCUGCACCAACACCUGUAGGAGUGUGAAGAUUUGGGACAGCUUUGAUGCCUCCUGACCCCGACAAGCCUCCAUAAUACAUGCUGCAGUGACCAGAGUCCCUAAAGAGAGAGAGGGGGGGAGAGACAGAGAAACACUAGAGAGAGAGGUGCAGUAGAGAAAGAGAAAAAAAGAGAGAAAGACCAAAAUAAAGAUUGAAAGACAGUGUCUUGAUGAGGGCGACUCCCACUUCAGCCAUGCUCUUUCUUAAUGUCAGAUAGAGAAAACACGGUAGUGUGAUUGCCAAAUUAAUAUUACUGUCAGUGAAUUUUCUCUCUGUUGCCAACAAAAUAGUCCUACCUCCUUUGUAAAAAAGCCUAUGAAACAGAAAGGAACAAGACUUGUAGGCCAUAGGCCCUUUACAGACCAACACAUGCUCUCCAUAAUGCAUUACAGUACUGUGUUCCCCUUUCAGCUUUGUGUGAAGUUCCAACCAGUGUUACAGUACAGUACAUAAACCUUGUGUCAAAGUUCAACUGAGAAGAUUGCAUUAUAUUGGCCCCUUACUAUACAUCUACAAAUGUAAACACCAGCUAAUAUGACAAUGGUUGUGGCGAGAACCUAACAAAAUCCUAAUCUCAAUUCAUGUGAUUUGUGAGGGGUCAUUCACACACACACACACACACACACACACACACACACACACACACACACACACACACACACACACACACACACACACACACACACACACACACACACACACACACACACACACACACACACACACACACACACACACACUAUUACUAACAGACUGUACUGUGUAACCUCUAAUCCCUGUGACUUUUAGAUUUUGGUGACAGAAUUAAGAUAAGUCAAAAGUAGUGUAUAUCUGCUUAGUUUUCUAUAUAUAACAAUUAUAGUAUUAUUUUUGACCUACUGGUCUUAUAAUAUCUAUAAAUAUCAUAUCAAGAGAUGUAUGUCUAAUAUAAUAAAGUGUCUUUAUGUAAAA